AUGUCAAAGCUAGCAGCCGUUGGAAUCGAUUUGGGAACCACCUUCUCAUGCAUUGCCGUAGAAAAAGCAAAUCAAAUGCAGAUUGUUCAAAAUAAAGAAGGAAGUCGAAUAACACCAAGUGCGAUUCGCUUUACAAAGCCCCGGUUGUUUGGAAUGAAUACCAGAGCCUAUGCCCAUGAGCACAUCAAGGAAACAGUCCACGAUGUGAAACGUCUUAUUGGGCGCACGUAUACCGACCCAGUUGUCAGUGAGUGCGUAAAAUCAGUCGGAUUCGAUGUGGUGAAUCAUGGUGGAGAACCACUUGUGGAAGUCGAAGUGGAUGGCGUCAAGGAGACAUUUCGGCCAGAACAGAUUUCUGCUAUGAUUCUCGAAGAGUUAAAGGAUGAUGCCGAAAAGUACUUGGGUUACCCUGCGACUGAGGCCGUUAUAACGGUGCCGGCCUCCUUCAAUGACGCCCAGAGAAUGGCUACGAAGCAUGCUGGCAUGAUUGCAGGGUUUAAGGUUCUGGCCAUUAUCAAUGAGCCGACUGCAGCAGCUCUAACCUGGGUCUAUGAAAAUCGGGAGACUGCCUUGGAUGGAAACAAGAAAGUCGUUCUUGUGUUCGAUAUGGGUGGUGGCACGACUGAUAUCUCAAUCGUCUCAAUAGACGAAAAUGAUAUCAGUGUAACAUCCACCGUGGGCGACAACCAACUCGGAGGUAACGAUAUUGACAAAAUGCUUAUGGACCACUUCGUCCAAGAGAUAAAGGACACCUACGACCGCGACAUCUCUCAAAACCCUCGUUCAAUGGCCAUCUUACGAAAAAAUUGCAUUGAUCUAAAGCACCAGUUAAGUUUGCAAUGUGAAACCAGAAUCUUGGUUGAUGGUUUGAUUCAAGGCAAAACAAUUGAGCUUAAAAUGUCGAGUCCUCAGUUCGAAUGCGUUAUUGAUGAUAUAAUUGAGAAGACUAUAAAAUUGAUCCGUAAAGCACUAAAGCUGGAUUUAGAGAAUAAUUGUGGAGGAGAAAACAUCGAUAUUACCAACGUUGUUCUUGUCGGGGGAUCAUCGAGGAUGCCGUGGUGUAAAAGAAUAUUUGAAGAAUCCAUUCCUGGUAACAAACCGGUUUGGAAAUCGGUAAAUCCAGAUGAAGCAGUCGCCUUAGGGGCUGGUUUGUACGCAGCUAAAUUAAAAGGAUCAAGCCUGUGUCCCAAUGUGCGUCUCCUUGAUGUAGCUCCACUGUCAUAUGGUGUUGAGAUUCGAGGAGGCAAGAUGUCGAAUCUAAUUAAGCGCAACACCCCUUUACCCUUCACGUGCAAGCGCACCUUCACUACUGUUGAGGACAACCAACGCAGUGUCCAAAUUAACAUUUACGUGGGUGACAAGGAGCAAGUGGCCCAAAACAAGAAGCUUCAAGAACUUGAACUGCCACUGAGACCGGUUCCCAAAGGUGUUCCUGACAUUGAGGUCACCUUUUCUCUUUCCCAAGAAUUUAUCCUCAACGUGACUGCAAAGGACUUAGCUAUAAAUGGCGAUAGUAAAAAUGUCAGCGUAAACGUACUCAAAAGGUUGACUAGGGAGGAAAUUGACAGAAUGUCCUUCGAUUCACAAAGAAUGAGGAAAACGGAUGAACAAGAAAGCCGGCGUCUAAAAUUACGAGAACAGUUGGAGAGGCUAUCUUACAGGAAGAAGGCCAAGGACGUUCUCGCCUGGCUUGCACACAAUAGAAAUGCCAGUGUGGAAAUAUUACAGGCGAAGCUUGUGGAUCUUUUAAAUCUGUAA